UCUAUUCCUUCUCACUUCUACACACACACACACACACACAGGUCGUCGUGCCAGUGCCAGUGCCAAGCGGAUGUCUCGCAGCGGCGGUUUUCUUGCCGGAAACCAAGUCUAUCCUCUAAACUACCAAGCGGAUGUCUCGCAGCGGCUUCUAGAAGCCUCUCUUUCUAAUGAUCUCAAAUCUGCUAUCGACUCUCUCUCUCAUCCCUUCGUCGACGUCAACUAUGUCGGAGCUGUCUGCUUGAAGGUCAAGAAGUCAUCCCUCAUUUUGCACGAGGAAUCCCCCUCCCAAGUCUGCUUCGAUUACGAGGAGUUGCCCACUGAUGUCACCCCAUUAUUUGUUGCUGUUACUAAUGGACACGCACCUCUCGUCACCAAAUUACUCAGUGCAGGAGCUGAUGUGAACGUACGGCUAUUCAGAGGUUUUGCAACUGCAGCGGGUGCGAGGGAGGGCCACCGUGAGAUCUUAGAGAUCCUACUCAAGUCUGGGGCAUCACAGCCAGCUUGUGAGGAAGCACUGCUGGAGGCUAGCAGCCAUGGCAAUUUUCAAAUAGUGGAGCUACUAAUGGGAUCCGACCUUAUUAGACCCCACAUUGCCGUUAAUGCUCUUGUCACUGCAUGCUGUAGAGGCUUUGUCGACGUGGUGGAUACUCUCAUGAAGUCUGGAGUGGAUGCUAAUGCAACUGAUCGUGUUUUGCUUCAAUCAUGUAAGCCUUCUCUGCAUACAAAUGCUGACUGUACUGCACUUGUGGCUGCUACUGUCAGUAUGCAGAUCUCUGCAGUCCACCUACUACUGGAGGCUGGUGUUAGAACGGAUGUGAAAGUGAAACUUGGAGCAUGGUCAUGGGAUAUAGCUUCAGGUGAAGAAUAUCGAGUAGGUGCAGGUCUGGCCGAGCCUUAUCCAAUCACUUGGUGUGCCGUGGAAUAUUUUGAAGCAACUGGUUCUAUUCUGCGGAUGCUCCUUAAACACAUCUCCCCGAAUACUCCUCAUCACGGAAGAACUCUUCUCCAACACGCCAUUCUGUGUGAAAAUGCAGGCGCUGUUGAUGUACUUAUAAAAUGUGGUGCUGAGGUAGAGACGCCAAUCAAAACCACACAAAAAACUGAGUUUCGUCCUAUACAUAUGGCUGCUCAUCUUGGACUAUCAACAAUUCUUCAAAGAUUAAUUGAUUCUGGGUGUGAUCUGAACUCUAGAACAGAGCAGGGUGAGACAGCUCUAAUGAUUUCGGUGAGAUAUAAGAGGGAAGAGUGCCUCCAAGUGUUGGCCAAGGCAGGUGCUGACUUUGGCUUGAUUAACAUAACUGGCCAAUCUGCGAGUUCCAUUGGUAGGUCCAGUGGGUGGUACCACCUUGGCUUUCAACAAGCACUGCGUGGGACAGUGCCAACAUCAACCAACAUGUCUGUUUUUUCCCCUCUAUUGUUUGUGGCAGAAUCAGGAGAUGUACGGAGCUUGGAAGCCCUGAUUGGACAUGCAGAUAUCGAUCUCGACAAGCAGGAUGAGAGAGGUUUCUCGGCAGUGAUGGUUGCUGCAGUGGAGGGUCAUGUUGAUGCUUUCAGGAUGCUUGUUUAUGCUGGGGCUGAUGUCAAGCUAUGCAAUAAAUCUGGGGAGACUGCUAUAACAUUGUCUAAACUCAGUAAAAACAGGGAUCUAUUUGAGAAGGUGAUGCUCGAGUUUGCUCUGGAAAAGGGAAACCGCAUAGCUGGAGGAUUUUAUGCAGUGCAUUGUGCUGCUCGACGUGGAGACUUGGAAGCGGUGAAGUUGUUGGCAAGCAAGGGUUACGACAUAAAUGGGUGUGAGGGGGAUGGGUACACACCACUAAUGGUGGCAGCAAGUGAAGGGAAUGGUAAAAUGUGCCAACUCCUAAUCUCAUGUGGAGCACAUGUUGAAAUGAAAAACGGAAAAGGGGAAUCUGCACUAUCACUAGCUAGAAAAAUUGAAAAUGAAAUAGCUGAGAAUGUGAUACUAAAUGCACUUGCACGGAGGCUGGUGUUAGGUGGUGCCAGGGUACAAAAGCACACAAAGGGAGGCAAGGGAGCACCACACACGAAGCUACUUAAAAUGGUGGUGGUCGUGGGAUCUUCGGGGAUUCUGCGGUGGGGAAAGUCGAGCUGCCGAAACGUAGUCUGCAAACAAGUACAAGUGGGGCCCAGUUCAAGCUUCCAGAGAAAUAGGCGGCGUGAUGAUGAUGAUGGAAUAUUCCGGGUGAGGACGUCGAAGAACAAGGAAGUGCAUUUUGUAUGUGGUGAAGGAAGGGAAAUGGCGGAGUUGUGGGUGCGAGGAAUAAAGCUCGUGACCGGAGGAGAAUCUAUGUUUGGCCUUCACUUGUAGAGGAUGUACAUACAGAUAAUAUCCAUCCAUCCAUGCACUACUCACUGUAGUCUGUACUUAAUCUCAAAGUACAUACACAUUUCUCUUGUAAAUUCAUUUUGAUCAACCGAAUUGAGUUGGAAGGAUAUAUAGAUAACCAGUUAACCGGAA